GCGUUUCUACCUUCUAUGACACAAGACGGCAGCGAACUUAGUCCUAGUUUAUUAGCUAUCAUUUGCACCGAAGUCCGAGAUGAUGGCUAUCCGUGUGUUAGAAAUACUCUUUUUCUUCUACUUUGCGUCUCACAUUCCUAUCACAUUAUUUAUUGACCUACAAGCAUUGCUGCCUGGACAUGUGUAUCCUCAGCCGCUGAAAGAUCUUAUAAAGUGGUAUGCAGAGCAGUUCAGAGACCCCAUGGUGCUGGAUCCGCCAGACUGGUUCAAAUCUUUCAUUUUCUGCGAGGCUGUGUUUCAAACGCCCUUUUUCCCCGUUGCAGCGUACGCUUUCCUGAAAGGUGGCUGUAAGUGGAUCAGGACUCCUGCCAUCGUGUAUUCUACACAUGUGGCCACCACGCUGGUCCCCAUCCUCACUCACAUCCUCUUCUACCAGUUCCCUAUGAAACCCCACCCUGGUCCCCAGGCCCCACGAGAGCGCUGGCUGCUGGUCUCAAUAUACUUACCAUAUCUGCUUGUGCCUGUGCUGCUGCUCCUCACUAUGCUGCUGUCCUCAACAUACAACUCCACCUCCACGUCUGGACACAAGUCAGCCAAAUCCAAGGAGAACUGACACAUUACCACCAGACUAAAGCUAUCUAAGUCACUCUUUUUUAGGAGAUAUCUUUCUACAUUUCUCAAGGUAACAUUUGUAUGUGAUAUCACACUAUUAUUAUAAGGGAUUUGCUAUAGUUGAACCAGCCAGAAUGAACACUUUUAAUGGUAUUCUUUAGAAGUAACAUUUUUUUGUGUCUUUUAUCAGUACCAAAGUGAAAUGAAUACACUUAUAAUGGACUCUGUAGGAAAUCAGGGUAUACAAGCUGUUUUCCUAAUGUGUAUCUAUGCAUCCACAAAGAACUGAGUGUGGCCCUGGUGGUUAGUCAGAGUGAAAGCAAGAGGUGUCUAUUGUCAGCAGCUACAUUGGCAGCCUGUUCAUAUUUAUUUAUACCUGAUAAAGGUAAUGUUUGUCCCCUUAGCAGAACUGUAAAGUCUGUCUAUAUAUUGAUUAAUAAAAUAAUUACUUUGAUGAAAAAAAUGAAUAUCAGUUAAAGGUAAUUUAUACACCAUAAAAUAUUAACAGUUACCACAAUUCUAAUAAAGUCUCUCAUCUACUUUAGAAUCAGAAUCUGAGACGGUUUAUUGCCAUGUAUGUCAUGAGUCAUUGCAGUAACAUACAGUAGUCAGCAUCAUAAACUCCUAACCCACCAUGAUAUCCCCAACGCAGACAUGUUAAUGUAAAAAUGAUGGAAUGAAUAACAUUGACAAUGGCUGCAUUCUGUUUAGGUGACGCCAGACAGGACCUUGCUACACACCUUUUAACUAAAUGCAUCGCAUGUUAAAACCGCAUUCUUUUAUAAAGGCUUUGAUUGAUAACAAUCUUUAAAACGGUUAGUUUACUAAUGCUUUGGCCAAAUGUAUUUAACAUUACAUGUCACUCAGUCCGUGACAAUAUUAUACAUUUCAAAGCUUUUAUUGAAGAUUUCAAAUUAAGGUUCGAAUGUCUUUUGUAAUAUUUUAUGACACCCCCACACACGGGUCUUUCAGCAUGACAAUGAUCCCAAACACACCGCCCGGGCAACGAAGGAGUGGCUUCGUAAGAAGCAUUUCAAGGUCCUGGAGUGGCCUAGCCAGUCUCCAGAUCUCAACCCCAUAGAAAAUCUGUGGAGGGAGUUGAAAGUCCGUGUUGCCCAGCAACAGCCCCAAAACAUCACUGCUCUAGAGGAGAUCUGCAUGGAGGAAUGGGCCAAAAUACCAGCAACAGUGUGUGAAAAGCUUGUGAAGACUUACAGAAAACGUUUGACCUCUGUCAUUGCCAACAAAGGGUUUAUAACAAAGUAUUGAGAUGAACUUUUGUUAUUGACCAAAUACUUAUUUUCCACCAUAAUUUGCAAAUAUAUUCUUUAAAAAUCAGACAAUGUGAUUUUCAGGAUUUUUUUUUUCUCAUUUUGUCUCUCAUAGUUUAGGUAUACAUAUGAUGAAAA